AUGACUGAAAUUCGCCGAAAGCUUGUUAUCGUAGGAGACGGUGCCUGUGGCAAAACAUGUCUUUUGAUUGUAUUUUCUAAGGGCACUUUCCCUGAGGUUUACGUCCCCACCGUAUUCGAAAAUUACGUUGCUGAUGUCGAAGUAGACGGUAAACAUGUUGAGUUGGCCUUGUGGGAUACAGCUGGUCAAGAAGAUUAUGACCGUCUUCGUCCCCUUUCUUAUCCCGAUUCUCAUGUCAUUUUGAUUUGUUUCGCGGUUGAUUCACCCGAUUCUUUGGAUAACGUGCAAGAAAAGUGGAUUUCAGAAGUAAUGCAUUUUUGUCAAGGGCUCCCUGUAAUUUUAGUCGGAUGCAAAAAAGAUUUGAGAUUUGAUCCGAAAACUAUUGAGGAACUGCGUAAGACAAGUCAAAAACCAGUUACACCCGAAGAGGGUAUGGCUGUCGCCCACAAAAUUGGAGCCUACAAGUAUUUAGAAUGUUCAGCUAAAACUGGCGAAGGUGUUCGUGAAGUGUUCGAGCAUGCCACGCGAGCAGCUCUUAUAGCUAAACCGAAAACCAGAAAACCAAAAG